UUUGGCAUCAUAAACCCGGUUGUCUGCUUCUUUUCACUCUCCAUAAAUUUUUUCACAAAACGCCAUAUUUCCCUACUAUUAUGAAUUAUUUUCUGAUUUUCUCGAUAUUCGUUUUACAAUUCCACCUAUCAAAAUGUGAACUGGAACCUAAUUUAUGUGAUGAAAAGCGAACAACACAAUGUGAUGAAUAUGCAGUGUGCUGUCCAAUAGGCAAUGAGCAAUAUGGUUGCUGCCCAUUCACUGGAGGUACCUGCUGUCCAGGCACCAAUCAUUGCUGCCCGCCUGGUUUUUCGUGCACAACUAUAGGAACUUGCAAGAGGACAACAACCUUAUCCAACCCAGUAUCUCCGUUUCGAUCAGGCUAAUAAUUACAUUUGUAUAAAUUAUACCUAUAUUUUUAAAAGUUCCAUAUUUAUAAUAUUAAUAAUAAUUUUCGUUUCCCAAUAAACUCCUUCAACAGUCAA